AUGAGUUCCCAGAAUUUGCACGUUUGCAUUAUCGGAGCCGGUAUAGGAGGCCUGGUAUGUGCAAUUGCUUGCCGCCAGCAAGGCCUAUCAGUCGAAAUCUUUGAGCAGGCACCUGAAAUCUUACCGAUUGGCGCUGGCAUACAAGUUCCUCCCAAUGCAACUAGAGCCCUCGACAGGCUCGGAUUGAUGCCAGCGAUGAAAACGGCGGGUAAUGAGGUGAAGGCAAUAAUCAUGCGACGCUACCAGGAUGGAGCAGUACUCAACCGCAGAGAGUUGAAACAUGACAGUCCAUGGAUUCUGAUUCAUCGAGCCGAUUACUUAGAUGUCCUCAUGAACAGACUCAAGGAACUAGGCGUCCCCAUUCAUCUCGACUCAAAAGUUGAAAACGUCGAUUUUGAGGCCGGCAAGCUGUACCUCGCAAAUGGGAAGGUGGCUACUGGGGAUGUGAUUAUUGGUGCUGAUGGUUUGUGGUCUGCGACAAGAUCUAAGAUGCUGGGACAUGUAUCCGAACCUUAUGAGACCGGAGACUUGGCAUACAGGGCAACUUUUACAAGAAAGCAGCUCGAAGACUUGAAUGAUCCACGUGUGGUAUCGCUAUGUAGCAGCAUGGAGUCAAAUGUUUGGUUUGGCCCCGAAAAGCAUAGCGUAUUGUACCCAGUCAAGAACGGAACGCAAUUCAACAUGGUACUUGUUAGACCGGACAAUCUUGCCAAAGGCAAGCGGACCGAAAAAGGUGAUAUUGAUGAGAUGAGAGACACUUUUGUUGGUUGGGAUGAUGUUCUCACGAAGAUCAUUAGUUGUAUAUCUUCCUGUUUGAAAUGGAAGCUUAUGCACCAUGACGAGCUCGAGAGCUGGACAAAGGGCACUGUAGCAUUGCUCGGCGAUGCCUGUCACCCUACACUGCCGUACCAAGCCCAAGGCGCUGCUAUGGCGGCCGAAGAUGGCACAGUGCUUGGUCUUCUGCUGGGUAAAUUGAACAGCAGUCUCCGCAACAACAUUAUUCGUCGUGACAAGCAACGAUCUUCCAUAAUUGAGAUUCUAGGCCUGUACGAGCAAUGCCAAAAGAGAAGAACAACCACCAAUGUACUUGGUGCCAUCGGCAAUCAACAUUUCUACCACAUGCCAGACGGCCCGGCACAGCAAGCACGCGAUGAAGAGCUGAAACGACACACUUAUACGAAUGAGAAGUCGCGGCACACAUGGUGUGACAUGAACUAUGUUACGGAGUUAUUGGAUUAUGAUGUCUGGGCUGGCGCCGAGAACAUAUACGAGAAGUGGGAGAAAGGAUAUACGCAAAAUGGGGAGAUUUCCUCAGUGCUUUGA